AUGGGCGACACCGCAGAUCCACGUCCCUUAGGACGGUCCGUGCUCAUUUUAUAUGGCUCCGAAACGGGCAAUGCGCAGGAAGUGGCCGAGGAAUUAGGCGCCUUGACCGAGCGGCUCCGUUUUGCGACGCAUGUAUCCGAGUUGAAUCAAUGCAAGCCGGAAUCCCUUCUUUCAUAUACAUUCAUCAUAUUUGUGACCUCGACUACCGGACAAGGCGAUUUUCCAGCCAAUGCGCGGUCUUUUUGGAAGUCGCUUUUGCUAAAGAAGCUACCUGCUACCUUUUUGAACGGCGUGAACUUCACUUGUUUUGGGCUAGGAGAUAGCUCAUAUCCUAAGUAUGGAAGCUUUUACCACCAUGCGUUUCAAUGGCUGAUUGUGAAAGAUUUAAUUGGGCGAUACGCAAGCUCUAUAAACGGCUUUUACAACUUGGUGCAAAUGAAAUCUAUCCCACGGGCGAAGCAGACCAGCAACAUCCAGAAGAGUCAACUUGAGGGAACUUUCCUACCAUGGAUGACGGAUUUUCGAAAACAUUUACUGAGCAGACAUCCUCUCCCUGCUGGACAACACCCGAUCCCAGAUGAUGUGCAGCUCCCACCAAAGUGGAAGCUACAGUUGGCUGAGGAGACCGAUCCCGUCCUGUUACCUCAAGCUGCCGUCGCAAAUGAACAUCAAGCUUCUACAGAUGAAUAUCCAGGACUACACCAUCUGGACCAUGACUCCCGACCCAUCCCACACUCGCUCUCUGCGACAUUGACCGAAAAUCGGCGCGUAACUCCACGAAAGCAUUGGCAAGAUGUGCGCCAUAUUACUCUGACCGUCCCAGACUCUGUUUCUUACGUUCCCGGGGACAUGAUCGCCAUCACACCGAAAAGCUCUUCAAUUGACGUUCAAACCCUUAUUGACUUGAUGGGUUGGAACGAUCUAGCAGAUCGACGAGUCUCUUUCGUUCCAACAGGAGAUAUUCCAUCACCACCACCGAUUCCUGGUCUCGACUCUUAUCCCAACCUCACCCUUCGUGCCCUCCUCAUAGACUAUCUCGACGUCAAAGGGAUACCCCGCCGAUCGUUCUUCUCCACAAUUGCACACUACACCAAAGAUGAAAUGCAUAAAGAACGGUUACUAGAAUUUACAAACCCCGAAUAUAUCGACGAGCUAUGGGAUUACACGACACGCCCACGGCGUAGUAUACUUGAGGUGUUGCAUGAGUUCGACACUGUCAAAAUUCCCUGGCAGCACGCAAUAUCUGUUCUCCCGGUCAUGCGCGCCCGCCAAUUCAGCAUUGCCAGCGGCGGAACACACAAGCAAACUGCUGAUGGAAAUACACAAUUUGAACUACUCAUUGCUAUUGUCAAAUACCAGACAGUGAUCAAGAGAAUCCGCGAGGGCGUCUGUACCAAGUAUCUCUCCGUCCUCCAGCCAGGUAGCACCCUUCAAGUUCAGCUCCAGCCCGGCGGUCUCAAGUCUUCAGUUCAGCAACUGACCGGAGCAACCGUGCUCAUUGGACCGGGCACUGGAGUUGCACCCCUGCGCUCCAUGCUUUGGGAGAAAGCGGCACUUGUGCAGGCUUACCGCGAGCAAAAUCCCGGCGUCAGUCCACCAAUCGGCCCUACUGUCCUCCUAUAUGGAGGGCGGAACCGAGAAUCCGACUUCUUCUUUGAAGAAGAGUGGACAGAGCUCAGCAAGCUCAUCCCGUUACAGGUGCUUACUGCUUUUUCGCGUGAUCAGCAACGUAAGAUCUACGUGCAAGAUACCAUACGCGAGAACUUCUCGCUCUUCUUCCGUCUGUUGCAUGAUAUGCAGGGGUCAGUUUAUAUUUGUGGUUCCUCGGGUCGCAUGCCCCAAGCUGUGCGUGAAGCGCUCAUCGAAGCCUUCCAGAAUGGAGGAGCUCCUUUGCCGGGGCAGCCUUUCACCCGUUCCCAGGCUGAGGGGUAUCUCACUGGAAUGGAGCAAAGCGGCCGCUACAAACAAGAGACUUGGUGA